AUGCCUUCUCUUCUAUUGCACUCCACCACCCUCCAGCUGCAGCAGGCUUCAGCUUGCACUUCCCUCUCGCGUGCUUCCUUUCGGAUUCUCCACAAUUGAAGCGUGAGAUUCUUCGAAUUCGCCGCUGUCGCUCAAGUCUCAGCUGGGUUUGUGCAAUAGACAUUCAGAGCGGGGGUUUGGGCGUGACGUUCUCAUUGCACGGAGGAACCAAGAAUUGGAUUGAACAAAAUCAGAUGGUUGAACAUGCGUCGUAGGCAAUCUUGUUGCAGAGGGGAGUCUUCUUCUGCGAGGGCAGGAUGGCGGCUGGCCCGUACUUAAGCACGUCACGGGCUUGCAGUCAGUCUUCAUGUACGAUUCCUGUUUUCAGGCCCAAUUGGGGGUGUGAUGGGCAGGCUGCGAGGAUAAGCCCACAGGGAACGGGUAGAGAGGAUUUUAAUUCAUGGAACAGGAUGCUCCGAGGUCAAAAACUGUGUGCUGGAGAGGGAAUUCUAGUGUAUGGUAAUCAUUUUAAGGAUUAUGAGAAGAGGAGGCGAAGGAAAGGGACAGUUGAGGCUAUUGUCCGGGAGGUUGUGACGGUAGGAACCGCAGCUGCGUCAGUUACCUCUACUGGGACGCACCAUGUGGUCCUGCGAGUGGCCCUUGCGACGGUGACGCAAGUGGCUGUUACUGCAGCGGUCUGUUAUGGCGCCUAUCUUUCUCCGUAUGCCGAGGGGCUCAAGAGCCGAAGAGCUAAGCAUGAGGAAGAGAAUGCGGUUGCCGUGGUGGAGAUUGACGGAGUAGACGUGACUGGCCACAAAGUAUUUCUACAAGCUGAGGUACAAAAAGCUAUAGAGUAUGCUCGAGAGGCACACGCUGGCCAAUUUAGAAGAACUGGGGAGCCCUACAUUACCCAUUGUAUCCACACUGCUAGAAUUCUUGCGGAUUUAAUUCCACAUCAACAAGGGAAAAGGGUGAUAGAUACAAUUAUUGCCGGUAUCUUGCACGAUGUUAUUGACGACACGGAUCGCGAUCAUCAAAGUGUACGGUUGCAUUUCGGGGAUGACGUAUCCAAGCUUGUUGCCGGUGUCUCGAAGCUCAGUAAUAUUAAUCAGCUACUGAGAAGGCAGCGGAGAAAAGCAGGUGAAGGAAAACCAGUUGAUGAGGAAGGACUGAGUCAAGCAGAGGUAGAUGAUUUGCGUAUGAUGUUAUUGGGUAUGGUCAAUGAUCCACGGGUGGUGUUGAUCAAACUUGCUGAUCGUCUUCACAACAUGCGGACAAUCUAUGCCCUGCCAGAAGCGAAGGCGAGUGCAGUGGCGCAAGAGACACUCGCAGUAUGGUGUUCACUUGCAUCCAAGCUGGGCGAGUGGGCUGUGAAAGCUGAAUUGGAGGAUCUCUGUUUUGCUGUAUUGUAUCCGGAAGCAUUUCGAAAGUUACGAGCAGAACUAGCGGCUAUUUGGAGCCCCCGUAAGGAUUGGAGGUCCUUACGUCGUAUUACAAAACGUGCUAAGCGGAGAGCUUUGUUAUAUGGUGAGCUUUUAGAGGAGGAGUUGGAGCCUAAGCACAAUCCUGAAGAUGAUGAAGUGCUGACUAUGCAGGAAUUAUUGCAAGCUGUAGUCCCAUUUGAGGUGCUUUCAGACCGUAAGCGACGAAAGUGGAGGAUAGUUACACCUGGGCCUGGUGAGAAAAAACUGCCCAAAGUUAUCCGGGAUGCGAAAGUUGCCCUGGCUGCUCUAAGUGCAUGUGAAGAGGCACUUGAGCGUGAGCUUCUCAUCGCUACUUCGUAUGUCCCAGGAAUGGAGGUUAGACUCUCAGGUCGAUUGAAGAGCUUGUAUAGUACUUGGUGUAAGAUGAGGCGUAAAGGCGUAGGAGUUGAUCAAAUCUUUGAUGCUCGGGCUCUGCGGGUGAUAGUUGGUGACGGAGAUGGCAAGCUUCACGUUGCUGCCGUAGAGGGUUGUUAUAACCUCCUGAGUGUUGUACACAGUCUAUGGAAGCCUGUUGGUGGAGAGUUUGACGAUUACAUUUUGAAUCCGAAGCCAAGUGGUUACCAGUCUUUGCACACUGCAGUACAGGGGCCUGAUGGUGCGCCUCUGGAAGUACAAAUACGGACAAGGGGAAUGCACGAUCAUGCGGAAUAUGGACAUGCGGCGCACUGGUUGUACAAAGAAGGAGAUACUGUUGUCAAGGCUACAACACCGAUGAACCCUCCCGUAGAUUCGCCCCUGCCUGAUUCAGAUGAUGCCAGUGAUGAUGAACGUGAGUCUGAUACAGAGGAACAUCGUAACCAGUAUGGUCGUCCUAUUCGAGAGGUUUUCGCUAAACCUUCGCCUAGAAGACCAGUGUAUAUGGGACAUCCUGCUUUACGAGUUGAAGAUGGAAGACUACUUGCAGCUGUUAUCGUGGGAGUGAUGGAUGAAGGCAGGGAGCUUUUGGUGGCUGCUAGCUUUGCCCUCCACGCAAGGGAGGCGGUAGCUGCAGGUCGUUUUGGAAAUCAGAGAAAACGAUGGUUAACAUAUUGUCGCCUUUAUAAAAAGGUUGCAGAUCAAUGGUGGUUUGCACCAGGGCAUGGAGACUGGAGCACUUGUUUGGAGAAGUACACGUUAUGCCGGGAUGGUCUAUAUCAUAAACAAGAUCAGUUCGACAGGUCCCUUCCAACUUUUAUUCAACUUCUAGAUCUAAAUGAGUCUGAACAAGAUGACUACUGGAAGGUCAUGAGCAUGGUGGAACAAGGGGAAGAGGUAGAUAUAUUUGUGGACAAUGCUGCUGACCAGCAUAACGAUCUCGGCUCUGGAACAUCCACUACAACUCGGUUGAACAAUAAAGUGAAGCUGCUGCGUUCAAUGCUGCAAUGGGAGCAGGAGCUGCGGCAUGAGGUUGCACCCGAUGGGUCAGUGACAAUCCUCAAUCCGGAUCACCCCGAAACAGCCGCCUUGGUGGAAGUUCUCGUCAUUAGUUGGCCAGACGGUGAUAUCAUGCGCAUGCCAGCUGGUAGCACAGCGGCGGAUUUAGCAAGGCGAAUGGGUAUGGAUGGUGAAAUCGUAUUUAUCAACCACCAAGCAGCGCUUCCUCAUACAAAACUUCGAGACGGAGACCUUGUUGAGACUAGAACACAAGUCCCCUCUUUCUAAGAUAGAAUGCAAUGGAGGCUCCAAAGCUCCUUACAUUUUCUGAUCUCUUUUAAAUCUCAAGCAGGAUGACCACAUUCAAGACCACGCUUCACUUUGAAAUACUUGUGGGCUUAUUCGAGAUUCUUAGAAGAAUGAUAUUUUAGCUGUGAAGAAUUCAAUGCUCGUUUGAGCGAUUCAACGAAGUUUUCAACAUGAGUUGGAUGCUUUUGUAUAUUGCUUAGCUGCUACAGGUUAUGUGUGAUGCCACAUCAAGUCUCAGCAAGUGGCGAGGAUGUAAGUUCGUAGAAGUUCGACCUCCUUGGUAUUACAUUUCAAAUAGCAACAUGCAGCAUCUGUAUUGCUCAUCUGUUUCAUUGUCAUCCUUGGUUCUAAGGUGGAUGGCUUUGGAGGUUCGAGCUCCAUCUCUUCUCACCUCUGUAGUUUUAGCUGUACAUAGAAGACAAGGUGGUGGUGUUGUGCUGUCAAGACACAGAUCAAGACAAUGUCCUCAUGUAAAUGUACUAUAAUUUUUUCUAUAAAUCAGUGACGUUGGCGUCCACUCGUGUUUUUAUUA